AUGAAAUCAAGUAACACUAGAAAACACAACAAUAUCUAGUAAGCACCAAUAUAUGAUGCCUAACAAUACUAAUUUGAAGAAGAAACUUAGCCAUUGUAAGAAAAUGGGAAUUCAAACCAAAAUUUCUUUGAUUAUUCUAAGAGGUAUUGUCCUUCUUGAUUUAGAAUCGAAACGAUCGAUAGAUUCUUGAAAGAACUGCAGAGCCUUAAACAAAUGUCCUUUUAUAAAACUGAAUGA